AUGACUCUGCACAUCAACAGAGCGCAGUUGCGAGAAAAAAAGGAAAUUUCGCGGUGGAAAGCUCCGUUUAAAAAGCACUCCGUGACUAAGCAGUAUGGUCCGAGCUCUUCCUCGUCGAGAAAAAAAUUCCUCCACUUAUCGCCGACGCAUAUACUAACACAGGACUAUUCAUCAAAUACCGUCAAAAUGCAUCUUAUGUACACCCUCAACGCCGAUGGCAAGCGCAACUACACCUUGAAGAAGGUUCUGAACGGCGAGGUCACCAAGUCUGCCCACCCCGCUCGCUUCUCCCCCGAUGACAAGUACUCUCGUCACCGUGUCACCCUGAAGAAGCGUUACAACCUUCUCCUCACCCAGCAGGCUGAGGCCCCUGUUAAGGCUUAAAUGUAUCAGCACUGGGAAAAAUGAAUUACCGGGUGGCAUAGCCCAUGUUUUGGCGAAUGGUGUUUUUCUUGCGG